AAUCGUCUCUUCUUCUUCUUCUUCUUGUAUAUCCGCCAAACCCCAGCAAAAGCCCUCAUUUCUCUCCCUCGUUUCAAUCUUCCCGCCUCGCUCACAUUCUCAUAGCUUCGCCCUCUCCAAAAUUAGGGUUUCUGUUGCGGCUUUCUUCUUGGUUUGAAGAAAAACAAAAGCUUCGAGAGUGAAAUGCUCGGUAGUGAUGCAGAAGAUUCUAUGCAGGAGCACCACCUGUUCAACCCCCAUUCUCUGCACUCAGGCUAACUCCUUUUCCACCAGCUUUCUCUCUUUAAAAUCCACUGCAAAAUCCGAUGUUCUUUCUGUAGGGUUUAAGAGCGCCAGUCAAAGCACAAACCCGUCUCUCUCUUCGACGCCGAAAGCUUUCUCUCCCUGUCAUUUACCUUCUCUCGCCAUGGCGCCAACGGCGUUGGCCGGUAUCCCGACUGCCGGUUCCGUUUUCUCGGGGUAUUUGCACAUGAACCGUGUUCCUAGAACGCCGCCGUCGACGCGCUUCACUGUCACUUGCUGCGGAACUGGCCGCUUCUCCAUAGACGGUGGAAUCCGUAAUCCGUCUCGGGCAUGGGUCUCGCGAACAGGGACUUGGCCUGUUUGGUUCCACUCUGGCAGCCAGGACGGGUUAACCACUCCUGCGACAGCUGCUGAAGCGUCUGAGGGCGUGAAAGGCUCAGAUGGAGAUGAGAAGGGUCCUUCAGAGAAAGAUGAAAAGUCGAUGAGGAUGAACCGGAGAAAUCGCGGCUCGAGCAGCGGCGCGGUGGAGGGUAAUCCAGAUUUGCUGACAAUUCCUGGUGUGGGCCCGAGGAAUCUAAGGAAGCUUGUCGACAAUGGGAUUGGAGGUGUUGCAGAGCUCAAGAAGCUGUACAAGGAUAAGUUUUGGAAGGCAAGCCAGAAAAUGGUUGAGUAUCUUCAGAGCUCUGUUGGAAUUAUACACAGAAACCAUGCAGAGAGCAUAACAACAUUUAUCAAACAAAGCGUGGAUGAAGAACUGAAGGAUUCAGGCUCUGAUUCAAUGUCAGAUGCGAAGAGACGUUUGACAUUUUGUGUCGAGGGGAACAUAAGUGUUGGCAAAACGACUUUUCUCCAGAGAAUUGCCAACGAAACUCUCGAGCUUCAAGACCUCGUUGAGAUUGUUCCUGAACCGAUUGACAAGUGGCAGAAUGUCGGGCCUGACCACUUUAAUAUACUCGAUGCAUUUUAUGCUGAGCCUCAGAGGUAUGCCUAUACUUUCCAGAAUUAUGUCUUUGUCACUCGGGUGAUGCAGGAGAAAGAAUCUUCUACCGGAAUUAAGCCUCUCAGGCUGAUGGAGCGGAGUGUCUUCAGUGACAGAAUGGUUUUCGUGCGAGCUGUUCAUGAAGCAAACUGGAUGAAUGAGAUGGAAAUCAGCAUCUACGACUCUUGGUUUGAUCCAGUCGUCUCUUGCUUACCGGGCCUUAUUCCCGAUGGCUUUAUCUACCUCAGGGCAAGUCCCGACACUUGCCACAAGCGAAUGAUGCUUCGCAAAAGGUCUGAAGAGGGUGGUGUCACCCUGAACUACCUCCAGGAUCUGCACGAGAAGCAUGAGAGCUGGCUCCUCCCUUUUCAAAGUGGCAACCACGGGGUAUUGUCUGUGAAUAAGCUGCCUAUUCAUUUGGAUAACUCCCUUCACCCUGAUAUAAGGGACCGUGUAUUCUAUCUGGAAGGAAAUCACAUGCACUCUAGCAUCCAAAAGGUGCCUGCUCUGGUUCUAGACUGUGAACCCAACAUUGACUUCAGCAGAGAUAUUGAAGCAAAGAGACAGUAUGCACGUCAGGUGGCUGAGUUCUUUGAGUUUGUGAAGAAGAAGAAAGAAACGUCACCAGAAGAAGGCGGAGGGGGCAACACAGGAAAGGGCUCAACCAACCAACCGCAGGUGCUGUUGCCGCAUAAUGGAGGGCUUUGGGUGCCAACCGACGGAAAGCAUUUCCCAGAAUCGGCCCUCCAGUCUCUGGAUUUCAGACGUGCAAUGUCGAUGAUGAGCGGCCCAUCAUCCUCAUAACGCCUCUGCUUCUUUUGUUUUGGGUCAGAUGCAUCUGGAUAUUAGUGUCAAUAGGUAAUCUUUCUGUCUGGUUUAUGUCUAGUUAGGUUCUGUCAUGGUGUGAUGAUGGUGAAUCCCUUUUCUAGGUAUAAAACUCGUUGCUUUAGCCUUUUUAGUUUAGCCCUUUUGUAGAGAAGUUUGUUGUCCGGAUGAUUUGCUAAUGUUGUUUCUUUUUAUCCGCUGUGAAAUCCCGCUUCUUAAUGCAUUUCCUGAAACAUGUUUUGUUUGA